GGAGAGAGAAAACGAGGAGAGAGAAGCUGAAGAAGAGAAGAAGACGACGAAGAAGGAAGGAGGAGGGAUUUCAUUUUCGUCCCCCAAAAGGGAAAAAUCAGAGUGUCACUUUCUCAAUCAAUCUUUAUCUCUGAUUCUAUACCAUUUCCAUUUCAAGAUUCUUCUCUGUUUUAUGGCGAAAUUUCGGCGGUUCAUGGAUUAGAUUAGGGCCUUUUCCUCUCGGUCGGGAAUUCUCAGAAUUCGAAUUCUCUAUUGGGGAAUUUCGUAUGUGUGUGUAUUGAAGAGGAGAUAGAGAGUGAGGGGAUUUUAAUGGCGUACAGAAGGAGGCAGCAGGGAAUAUCGAAUUCGAGGCCUUCAACGACAACCUUUAACGAAGAAGAAAAUGGGAACAAUUCUCUGUCCCCACCUCCUUCGAUCUCAGCUUCUGCUUAUGGAAACGAUUGGUAUUCUUCGUCUUCGUCUUCGUCUUCGUCUUCUUCGCUUGCGGCCAAGGCCAUAAGAGCGUCUUCGGCCUAUCGAGAUUCCUCUCUCUCCUCUGCUUACGGCGGCGGCGGCGGCGGAGCUGGAGUUGGUCGCGGGACAGUCUCUUCAACGACAUCGACAUCGUCUGCUUCCCGAUAUCCGAUUCCCGUUACGCCAUCCCCUCCUGCGUCAUUUUCCAAGGAGUCGAGGUCCUACGAGUAUACAUCAAUGAAGAAUUUGAAUGAGCCCAAACAAGGGUUUUGGGGUACUCUGGCUAGAAAAGCCAAAGCUAUUCUUGAUGAUGACAAUGAGCCUCAACAAUUCGAUAGACCCCAAAGAACGAAGGUGGAGAUGCCCACUACAGAAACAAGGGGCAAGUACCAUGGUCCGGAUCAGUCAGGAGAGAGCCGUAGAAGAACAGAUAAUCCGACAUUGCAGAAGAGAUUGGAUGCACUCACAUCUUCCUUCAACUAUAUUGGUGGCACCAUUGGUAAUGCAUUGGAGGAGGGAAUUACCCGUGUGGAGAACCGAACUGUAGACAUCAUCCAAGAAACUCGUAAGCAUAUAAGGAAAAAGCCUGGCAGUUCUGAGUCACAAAAUCAAGCACAGAACUCACAAUCCCAGAUGCAAACCGACCUAGAACUUCAAUUGAAGGCAUCCCGCGACGUUGCGAUGGCAAUGGCAGCUAAAGCAAAACUACUUCUUAGAGAGUUGAAGACUGUAAAGGCAGAUUUUGCUUUUGCAAAGGAGCGAUGUGCUCAACUGGAGGAGGAAAAUAAAAUCCUUCGUGAGAAUCGGGAAAGAGGAGAUGACCCAGAAGACGAUGAUUUGAUACGGCUUCAACUUGAAACGCUUCUGGCGGAGAAGGCAAGGUUGGCGCAUGAGAACUCAGUUUAUGCUCGUGAGAAUCGUUUUCUGAGGGAGGUUGUUGAAUACCACCAACUCACCAUGCAGGAUGUUGUGUACUUGGACGAGGGUACUGAAGAAGUUACCGAAGUCUACCCCAUGAAGGUCAUCCCCGGUAAUCCAUCGCCAUCGCCUGAGGUCAGAGGGGUCUCCAAAGGUGCUGCCUAAUUAUGUUCUUCGGUUCCUGUAACGGCGGCAGAUGAUCGGAGAGACUUUGAUUAAUCAAAUGUGUGUUUGAAUGCCAAUUCCCACAUAUAUAUAUUUUUGAUGAAAGAUUUGAAGAGUAACAAAUAAUAAUAUCAUUUUCUUGUUUCUAAAUAUUUUUGCAAUUUUUUGUCAGUCAUUCCCCAAUACUCGGCUGAUUGUAUAAUAUAAAUCUUCAUUUUCAGGCUAUUAUGUUCAACCGAAGUUA